AUGGCAACAAAUUGUAAUCCACCAAAUGCAUCUUCGUCUCCAUCGUCAUCAUUGCAUUCACCAGGCAUUUUAAAAAAUCUUCGUGCUAAUACAUUAUCAAUUACAUUAAAAUUUGGUUUUUAUCAAACUCGAGUUGAAUAUCCAAUUACUGAUUUAUACAAUUCAAUUAUUGAACGAUUAUAUAAUGAUGCAGAAAAAUGGUUACGUGAAACUGCUAAUAAUAAUAAAAAUGGACAAUUAUCUGGACGUUUUACAAUUUAUCUAUUUCGAAUUUCAACUACAGAAUUUACAAUGGUACCUAUUAUUCAACCAUCAGAUAUUGAACAAAAUUCUUUAAUUGAAAUAAUUCUUGUACCUUUUGAAAUGAAUUUACAUUCUCAUGAUUUAUAUCGAUGUCAAUUAAAUUUACCUACAAAUUGUUCAAAAUGUUCACAUUUUAUUCCUGGUUUAUAUAAACAAGGAUUUCGUUGUCGUAAAUGUCGUAUGACAUAUCAUAGAGAUUGUGUACCAUUCCUACUUGAUGAUUGUUCGGUUCCGACUAAUAGUGAUCAAUCACGAAAAAAAUCUGCUCCAGUUUUACCACAGCUUAUAUUUGCUCGUCCAUUUGCUACUGAUUCAACAUCUUCCACAGAUAGAACAAUGGGUCCUCAUACAACAAUUGUACCUGUUUAUAGAAUGUCAACAAAUUCAUCAAAAGAAAGUAUACAAACUACAAAAUCUGAUGCAAUCAUUGAUAAAGGUAUUUUUCCUGCAUGUAUUCGUGGUGCUAAUUUUUAUCAACGAUAUUUUUUUUGUCUGACAACAAAUACAUUAACAAUAUCAGCAAAUUUAUCAGGUAAUAAUGUUUUACAACAACGAUUAUCUCCAGCAGGUGAUUUAGAAACAACUGUUCCAUUAACUGAUAUAGCUAAUCUCGUUUUGACACAUUUUAUGGCUGAACAAGAUGAUAUUUUCGAAAUUCAUUUACGAAAUAAAGCUAUUAUUAGUGUAGGAAAAAAAUCUGAUUCUCAUGAUUUACAAAUGGAAACAGCUCAAUUCUAUUCAUAUCUUCGAGAUCAACGAGAAGCAUUAAUUAAUACAACACUAUCAUCAUCGAGUAUGGAAUCUAUUCCUGGAACACUAUCAGGAAUAGAUGUAGUUUCAAGUAAAAAACAAGAUAUGGUAUCUCCAUUGAUUCGAACAAAAAGUAUUUUUCGAGGAACACCAUAUGGAAAAGAUAAUGAAGGAAAAGAUUUACAUGAACUUUAUGCGUUUACUAGUAUAACACUUGGAGCAGGUGCAUUUGGACGAGUCAUGGCAGCUUACAGAAAAUCAACACAUCGUGAAGUAGCAAUUAAAAUUAUGGAGAGAGAUAAUUGUAGUGAACAAGAUAUUCGACGAAUAAAUGAAGAAAUUAGCAAUCUCUAUAGAUUCAACCAUGCUAAUAUUCUUAAACUAGAAGCUCAUUUUGAACGUGAUGAUGCUGUUUAUCUGGUUACUGAACGUAUGGAAACAGAUUUAUGUAGUUAUAUAACUAGUUCAGAAAAUGGUUAUCUUGAUGAAGAUAUAUGUCGAAUGCUUACUUAUCAAGUUAUUGUUGCAUUGAGAUAUCUUCAUGCAAAUAAUUGUGGUCAUCUUGAUGUUAAAUGUGAUAAUAUUCUAUUAACACGUCUUCAACCAAUACCAUCGAGUAUCAAAAAAUCAUCUAAUCAAGGAGAAAAUUCUAAUCAAGAUUUUCCUCUAAUUAAAUUAGCUGAUUUUGGUUAUUCGAGAAUUAUUGGUGAACAUUCAUUUCGUAAGACACAUGUUGGCACGAGAGUUUAUAAUGCACCUGAGAUUUAUCAUAGUAAAGAAGGUUAUAAUCGAUUAGCUGAUAUGUGGAGUGUAGGUAUUGUUCUAUAUGCUGCAUUGUCUGGUACAUUACCAUUCGAAGAAAAAGAUUAUCAACGUACUGAAGAAAUUUUUCGUGAUAAAAGUAAACUUUUUACUGGUCGACGUUGGAAAAAUGUAUCGAAAGAUGCAAUUGAUCUUAUAUCAAAUCAACUAUUAGUUGUACAACCAAUUUCACGUAUUAAAUCGAAUGACGCUCUCUUUCAUACUUGGUUUACUGAUUUUGUUUUAUAUCAAAAUUUACGUGAAAUUGAAAAACGAACAAAACAUUUAAUGAUAUCACAAAAAGAAGAACCUCCAUCACCAUCAACUUGGCUUACGGGUGAACGUGAAGACCUUGUAUGGAUAGAAUAUCAGGCUUUAUAUACAGAAUCAAGGAGAAAAAAGUAA